AUGGGGAGAUACAGCCAUCACACUGAUGUAGUAAACUAUAUAGACCUGGUUGGUUCUUUAAAUGCAAGUUACAAAUUCAAGGCUGUAGUUGAGGAACGUUUCAGAACGACAAGGCUGAACUCACUGAAUAAAGUGCCAGGCAUCCUUAUGCAUCUGUUGCCGAAUCUGGACACGGUUCAUGGUUUUUCAUUUGAACAGAUCGUAUCAUACAUUCGUCGUCAUGAAGAAUUUUCUCUAUGCUUUCAAGACGAUACGUACUAUAACUGCAGCACAGGUCUCAAUAAUGUACUACAUGACGAUUCACGUGUACCUUUUCAUCUGGCUAUUGAACCAAUAGCUGAAUCCGAGAAUUGUCUAUUAAAGCAGCAUGUGGAUCGUUUGACUAACAUAAGACGUCGUCAUACAGAAAAGGCAUUCCUAGAGACUUCUCUUCAUCAUGGAUUUCGAAACUGCCCCACCGCCACUCUAAAUGAGGACCUUUCCGACGAGCGUAUUACGGCUAUACUACCGGGACAACCACUCUCGGAUGUUAAAUCAAAUAUUAGUUCACUUGAUUUGCUUGAGCUUACUAAGGAGGAAAUAUCUGGGAUAUAUCAACAGUUUCAACUAGGUUUGCAUAUCCGAGUACGCGAGGACUUUUUAGAUUUAUUGGUUGAACAAACCGAGAUUUUUGUCAAGACAGUGAUAUGUUAUUUGGAUCACCUUCGCGACAGUUAUCCAUAUAUUACGCGUGCAUUGGAUUCAGCGAAUGGGGAUUACAGUGAACGAUCUUCAAAGAUAAAUCCCGACCUAUUGCCUUCGAGAACGUUACGUACUUCCGACCAAAACAUUUGUGUUCAAACAGCACCAUCACUGUAUGUAUCUCUUAAUCAAACUAAGUAUUUAAGUGCUCCCCCUAGAGGCGUGAAAGAAACUCAAAUUACUUGGUUAAGUGAACAGUUAUCUAAAGACGAUCGCUACCAAGCCAUGGCUUAUCUACCAUCGGAACGACAAACUUUAAUUACAGCUUAUUUUGAUAUGCUUAUUCCGUCCACUGAUUCCCACAGAUUUAUCCCAAGAAGUCUAUGGAACGAUAUUUUGACCAUGGACUUGAGAGUCCAAAAUGCAAGAAACCCCAUGGCAUUCAAUGAAAUGGAUUCUCCAGUAAUAGAUAAUGCCUUAUGUAUUGAACCAACAACAGAUUAUUGCUCUGAAAGUUGUCGAUUUGAAUCAUCAUAUUUAUGUUCACCAUGUUUGUCUGUUUCAUGUGGCGGGUGUAUGGAUGUACUCUUUAAGCAACUCGCACAUGAAUACCUUCCGGGUAAUUUUGUAUACUCCAGAGGACAAUUCACCAACUUUUCCGAAGGUAACAGUAAUUACUUCUGUUUGGAUAAAAGUAUGUUGUCUAUUCCCAGAUCAAGUACACCUCAAAUACCUAGUCUUUCAUGUCUUCCUUUAUCGGUUUAUGACCAUUCACCGCUAGUUUUAUCAAUUGCUAUCGCAUGCAUAUGCACUGAUACAUUGGCUGCACAUGCCAUCAUUAAUCUGCUGUCGUGCGCAGGGUUCUGUAUGGCUUCCUUUAUUUCAAAAACUUCAGAGCAUUUGGUUGAUCAUCGAUCUGAUCAUUGCCAGGACUAUCACCAUCGUCAUCAACACACUAGUCUGAAGCCUUCAACUUUGUCUGCUUCAGAGGAGAACAGUAUAUCAGAUCCUUUAGUGCUAACUGCUACAUGGCCUCUACCGACAACAAGAUUGUUUAUGUCUGGUUUCUCCAGUACACCUGUUCCAAAUCCAUCUAUAAUAAGUUCAUUUAAAGACAUGGAGUCACUCAAGAUCUACGAUGGCCAAGUUCACAUUCAUUUAAUGUCACACCAUACACUAUUGAAUAAACUAUUGUUGUAUCGAGAGAAUAUUACAAGUAAAUCUGAACAAUCUAAUGGUAUAUUACUUGAAGAAAACAAUGUAGACUUAAGUACUACGAAUUCACACCUUCUACCCUAUUCAGGGAUAAUCCUUUUUACUAGCGCUCCAUCUCUUGCUGAUAAAGAACAGUGCAAUGAAUUAUCACAGGAAACCGGUGAAAUCUCCCCGCCUACACACUUAUCAAAAAAACUCCAAGAUAGAGUUAUAAAUUCUAUGAAUUUGCGUGGGUUAUCAUGCACGUGUUGCAACCUAUUUUACAAUAAAAAAGAAAUCAAUGCUUUAGGUUGUGUCUGUGGUCAGUGUUGUAAUUGUGUGCAUUCGUUGAAAAAUUCCAACAACAGUUCUCUAUUGCAUAUUAAACCUGAUACAUGGAAAGACAAAAAAAUAUAUUCCAGUUUAAUGUGUCCACAUCGUAGACGUUCUUGGGAAGCAAGAGUUGCAGCUGUCAAUUCAAUUGUUGAUCAAGUACCAAGAAAUAUUCCUCAUUUAGUUCUACUAACCGAAUCGUCCGAUUAUAGUGCCAAGUCAGAAGAUCUACCACCAUCUAUUUAUCCUGCCACCGAAUCAAUAAGAUCCUCUACAUUUUCCAAUCAGUCGUACCCUAACAUGUCAUGUGAUAAAAGUGAAAAUUCAUCUAGUUCAUUAAACCGUGAAUCUUGUUCAUCCGAUUGGAUGCCUGUCGGAACAAAUAUCCUAGAUCAUGUUAUAAACUUCCUUAGUCAUUGUUGGAACAAAAUGAAUCAAAAUUUGUCUUCUAAAUAUGUUGGAAAACAUAAAAACACUUGUCGUUUCACUCCUUCCAAGAACUCUGAAAUUUCAAAUAGUCCUAGUUCACCACAUCUAAUGGUAGCAGGAAACUAUGCAAAUCAGUCUUCAGUAGAAAUAUCAUUGGAUAAAUCUUUCAGUGGAGGACUUUUAAAUACCUUAUCAGUUGCUUCAGCCACUGGGCGAAAGGCUAUGCAUUCGGCCAAUCAGGCUUUAAGAAAGCUUUCUAAUACUACCAAAUGCCAUCAUAAUUGUAAAUCAUCUCUGGCGACCAAUUCGAAAGGCUUUCUUUCCAGCUUUAUCGAUUCUCAAAGUAAGGUUAGCGUUGAUGAAAAAUCAGAAACAAUACCCGAACAAGUCUCUUUUAUCUCAAAUUCAAAAUCAAAGACUUUAGAAUCAAUGAUCUCACCGGGUACUCUCAUUGCUUCUAAUGAUAACCCAAUAACUAUCACUUCUCCACCAGCCAUCCAAACAAACAAAUCUUUCAGUGAACAUAAUCAUACACCUAAAAGGUUCAAUUGCAGUGAACAUCCUGUUCGAUGGACAGUUGGCCCUUCACCACUUCAUGCUCAUCGUAAAGAAUCAUCUAUUCGAAAAGCAACAGAAAAAUUACAAAGUAAAGCUUUUCAUUUGAAAAAAAGCAAUCCGAAAUUGACGAAUGAUAGGACCAUCUCAUCAACCAAGUUAACUAAUUUCGGCAUCGACUCUACUCCGUUUUUAUUCCCAAUCAAUGUUCAAGAUAAUGAAAAAACUACUCCUACUAGUAAGGGAAAUAAAUACUUACAGACUGAUACGUUCGUAUCAAAACUUUCACCAGCUCAAAGUCCUGAUAAACUACCAUGUUGCGAAAAUCGGGAACAUAGUAUACACAAUAUUAGAAAUUCAUAUAUUGGAUUAUUCGAUAAAUGUUGUUAUUGCACGAGUGAUGUACCGGAAGAUAACUUAAACAUUAGGAUAAAUAAACAAGAUAAUCAGCAGUUUAUCGAAGGUUCACCUUCAGACAUUUCUGUAACUCCAUUAGUUAUCAGUACACCUUCUCAUUCGCCAAAUCGUGAUGAAGCAACGAAAGAGCUAUUUAAAUCGCCUAAUAAACUUGAAAAUCCAUUUAUUUUAACAACAAUGUUCAAUGACAAUAAUCAUCUGAUUGCAUCAAAAUCAUUCGAUUCUAAUCAUUGCUCAAUGAAUUCCUCGUUAUAUAACCAUAGUUCUGAUAUGUUUUGUAUUAUGCAAAGUGAAGAGGAAAAACAAGACGAUAUCGAAUCAAUCUAUGAAGAAUUUAUUCUAACUGAUGGGUCCUCACAACCGUCAUCAUUUCCUGGUACACAUACUACUACUACUACUACUACCAAUAAUAAUUAUAACAAUCAUAGUAAUACUGGGCAUCACUCAAGCGGUGUUGUGUCACCACCAUCACUAACGGCUUCUACCAAUACAUCUAGUACUGAUGAACAUAUUUAUAUGGAGCCUGUUGAUUGUUUAACACAUGGAUGUCUAGAACGAUAUCAUAUUAUUUCACAAAAGUUUACAGAUUUUUACACCAACUUAAGCAGUUCAUCAGCUGUCGUGUCAAAUAAACAAGAGUUUAAUAGUUCAACACCGUCAAUUCCUUCAACUAGUAUUGUUACAUCUUCAAAUGUAUCAAAUAGUUGGACAGAAAAUGAUGUAGGUUACAGACGUGAACGUUAUCGUUCGUUUAGUACACCUGAAGGUAGCUCUUUAUCUCAUGAUGAUAAUGAAGCACAAUACGUUGGUGUUGGUCCUUCAAUUGGUUCGUCAUCCAACAUCGAUUUUCCAAGAAGUAUUUUUCAACCUUUCUCUGGAAAUCCAAUCCAUUUUCGUUCUGUUAGAUCUAGUCACCUUAAUGGAUCUUCUAAUACUUCACCAUUGAAAACUCGUAUACAUAGUACGGAUGCAGUUUUCGAAUCAUUAACACACUAUAAUACGUCUGUUAUUUCUCCAGCUUCAACCACUUUAAGUGAAGAUCUUAAUGAAAAUGUUAUGAUUAGUGAUAAAUUUCCUAAAUUCUCCACAAUUCGUGCACAAUCGCUUCCAAAUCCUCUCUCUCGUUCACAUCAUCAUCAUUUCUGGCAUCAUCCUAAAUGUCCUCAUUAUCGAAUUCAUCGAGAUUCAGAGGAUAGUGGUUUAGGCACGACAUCGUCAUCUUCGUCUAAAUUUGGCUUCCAAUCACAACUUUCAACAGACUACAAUCACAUCAAUUAUUGUAACAAAAGUUAUGAUACCGAUACUAACAAAUCUUCAUCAGAAUUUCUAUCACCUAUUAAUUUAUCCCAACAACUUCCGUGCAAAUCUUAUUCACCCCCUUACUCUUGCGCGCAUUUUAACUGUUCUAAUAAUUCUACAUCUUACAAUAUUAGUAGUACACCAUCGAAACCAAUUUUUAUUGAUCCUACAGAUUUUCAAACUCAUCAGCCUACACAAUCUUCUUUAACAUUUCCAUCAUAUAAUUAUCUUUCAAUUAAUACUACGUCAACUACUAUUAAUACUGAUAAUACUGCUGCUACUAAUGCUACGCCUCAUAUUAGCAGUAUGACUUAUCGUCGCAAUACAUCUUAUCAACCAUCUCAAGCGCCAUGUAAUCAGAAUAUUUCAACAUUUGCAGCUACAAAAGAAUUCAAAUGGCUACGUCGUAAUAAACCGCUGAAAUUUUUCGGGCAUCGUUUCUCAUUGGAAACCCAACCAAAUCCAUCUCCACCUACAACACCAGCUCCACCUGUACCACAAACUGCUCCUCCUCCGCCUCCAUCUGAAUCUUAUCUUUUCCCUUCUAUUACACCAAAGAAGUCUAUGUCGACGAUGAACAACUGCAGUUCAAUAGUACAUAGUAAAUCUAGCUUAUCAGUCAAUAAUAAUUUGUCAGGAUCAUUGUGUUUUGAAACGCAACAAUUACCUGUUACUCGUUAUCAGUCGUCAGUACGAAAUCUGACUGGUUUCUCAUUGUUUGUGAAUAACAAUAGUAAUAACACCUUGAAAUCUGUAUUUUUUAAUCAUCAUAAUAAUACAAAAACAACAACAACAACUCCUACCAUUGUAUCAUCAUUCAGACAUCAAUAA